GAGUACCAGAGGCGCCCCGGACUUUGUCAAAACUUCUUCUAAAUCGAGACCGGUUAUAACGUAACGAGAUAUCGUUAUACGCUCGAUAAAAUGAUACGUUAGAAAAAGCAUAAAUCCGCGAUGAAAUCUCGUUGAAACGAUUGAGAAGAGAAAAGAACCGACGGAACGAACGGGGGUGAGAAAGAGGAUAAGAAAAAAGUUCGAUCGGACUCUAGUUUACUUGUGAGACUCUGUGAUUAGUGAUAGCGGAGAUUCAGCGAGUGAUCCAGAGGUGGGAAAAGAUCAUCGCGAUCAUCGGCGGCGGCGGCGGCGGCGGCGGCGGAAGCAGCGGCAGCAACGUAAACGAUGGGAAUGUACGGCCAAGGAUUCACGGAUAAGUAGCAGAGGCUGAAAUAGGCAGGACAAGGGAAGCGAAGGGUUACGGGGAGAAAAUAAGCGAAAGAAAAGAAGAGAAGGAGAGGAGAGGAGAGGAGGUGAAAGAAGAGAAAUGUCGGGGACGCGUUUAAAGGGUAAAAAAUGUUGGCUGGUGUGGUUUUUGGUAAGUUGUUUGUACCUGAGAUCUACCAUUGGACAAACUGUACAGAAUUGUCCGCCCAGAGGGGAAAUAGCACCCUGUUCAUGUAGCGUUAAAAAACUCGGGUUGGAUAUCGUUUGCGAGUUCACCGACCUCGGUCACAUCAACAAGGCAAUGGCUAUACUGAAAGGUAGACCGAACACGGUCAUCUACUACUUGAAACUACGUCACAACAAUUUACCAAAACUGCAAGGCUUCGUUUUCCUGGGUCUCGAUAUCCACCACCUCACCGUUCACAACAGCAGUUUGGCGGUCGUCGAAGAGACGUCUCUGAGUUCGAUAGGUAAAGGAUUGACCCAGCUCGACAUAUCACAGAAUUCUUUGGUGGCGGUACCGUCGUCGGCGUUGAAGACCCUCCAUCAUCUUCUCAUUCUGAAUUUGAACCACAACAAAAUAAACGGCAUACACGCUCGCGCAUUCGAGGGACUCGACACACUCGAGAUUCUCACCCUGUACGAGAACAAGAUAUCAUCCAUCGACGCGGACGCCUUCAAGGGCGUUGACAACCGGAAAUUGAAGAGGCUAAAUUUGGGUGGAAACGAACUGACCUCCGUUCCGACCUCGGCAUUGUCCACCCUGGAAAUGUUGAAAAAAUUGGAAAUGCAAGAGAACAGAAUAUCCACGAUUCAGAAGGGUGACUUUUCGGGUAUGAAGAGUCUCGAUUCGUUGGGACUGGCGCACAAUCAACUGCGAGAAGUACCGGCUGGUGUAUUUUCACAUCUUACGCAAUUAAAUUCUCUGGAACUCGAUGGAAAUUUGAUAACUCACGUUGACCCUGACGCAUUCAUGGGUCUCGAAGAAAAUCUUCAGUAUCUACGACUCGGUGAUAAUAAUUUACACGCCGUACCGAGUGACGCGUUGAGGAGAUUGCACCGACUUCGUCAUCUCGAUUUGCGGGUCAAUAAUAUAACCGUAUUGCCCGAAGACGCAUUUACAGGAUACGGUGACUCCAUUACUUUUCUCAAUCUACAAAAGAACUUAAUCAAGACUCUACCCCCGAUGGUAUUUGAAAAUUUGAACUCCCUGGAAACGCUUAAUUUACAAAACAACAAGAUGAUUCAGAUACCGGAAGAAGUUAUGGAGAGCGUGGUCGACACUCUUAGAAUAAUCGAUCUAACUGACAACCCUUUAGUUUGCGAUUGUGAACUGCGAUGGUAUUCGGCUUGGUUAAAAAAUCUACGCGACAAAGACGACGAGAUGAUGUCGAAGAAAAGAACGGUUUGUACGAUGGCUAACGAGCAUCGAGAAUAUUCCGUACAGAAUAUACCGCUGGAAAGAAUGGGAUGCGUAGCGAAUGCCGAGCAAACGUCAUCGCCGGGAAUAGCUGCAAGAAUUGUUGGUGUACAGGUACUUUUUGGCGUAGGAUUCGUUAUUCUACUCUAAGGAGGAGUAAGACAAAAAAAAAAAAAAAAAAAAGAAAGACAUUCUAGAAGUCCCUCCCCCAAUUUCCCACAAAUAUUUUAUUGAUCGUUGUUACAAUUAUUUUUAAAAAUAAUAUGAUUAUAAAAAUUGUUUUACCGUCAACGAUGAUAUGUGUAAUACAUAUCAAAAAGAAAAAUUUCGCGAUGUCACAAAUGUCGCUAAUUUUUUUUUUCUUCAUGUACAUACACAAUAAUAUACGGGGAAGGGGCGUGUAUAUGUUAAAAAGAAUUUUCGCAUUAUUACGUGGUAUAUGGAUAGCUGAUUAAUUUUUUUAAUUAUUUUAUUAGAUUUUCCAUCGUUGUAGUAAUAUAAUUGUUAUUAAAUAAUCGUUAACUUAGAUAGAUAUAAAUAGAGAAGAGAGAGAAUAUUAGAAAUCUUUUUUCUGUACUUCUUUUGAAUUAAUUAAUUCAAUUCGUUGAUUAGAUAAAGUCUUUUGAUUUGUUUUUUUUUUUCUGGUUUCCUUCUCGAUUUCGUUUUUCCAUUCGAAAAGUACGCGAAUUUAUUUUUCUACGAAUAUCAUAUCACUAGAAAUACCUAUAUUAUAAAUACAUGCGUCUGAUGUAGCGGGAAACCCAGUCAAAUUAUCUUUGACAAUCGAAUAAUAAGCUUCUUGUUGACUGCGAAAUUUAUCGUGUCAAAUUUCAAGAUAUAAUUUUUCUAAUCGAUAUAAUGAAAAAAGAAAAAAACGAAGAAAAUUAAUAAAAAGGAAAAAAAGAGAAAGAAAAGAAAUGAAUAAUUAAAUGAAUAUGAGAAGAGAUUUUAAAUAAAUUUUAUCCACAGAUAAUAUAUAUAUACGUACCUAUUUAUAUAUGUGAAUAAACAUAUAAAGCAUAGAAAUGAUAUAUUAUUAUAUUUAGAUUUUAGGUUGUUAGAUUAUUAAUGUGCAUUCAGUUUAUUUUAUUUUAAUUUUACGUUUGUCUAUGUUUUUCUUUCUUUUAUCUAUUCAUAUUUACCUAAUAUAUACAUUAUAAUAAAAUUAUAUUCGAUAAUUGAUUCAACAAACGAUGGACUGGCUAUCGAGAAGAAAAGAAAAUUAAUUAAAUUUAGUCAAGAGACAAAAAAUAAAUGAUUGAACGAGAUGGCGUAGAUGUAGGAAAGAAAAUGACAAAUGUCGUGUAAUAACAUAUCGCGGAGCAUAAUGAGCUUUCUUUAAAAAUCGAUACAUAUCAGUAACGUUGCCAAGACAUUUUGAAAAAUAUUUAAAACUAACAAAAAAAAAAAAAAAGAAAGAAAGAAAGUAAAAGAAAAUAGAGAAAAGAGAAAAAAAAAACAAAAAUCUUUACAAAGAUUUUAAAUAUCGCAAAUAUCCACAUAUCAAAAACUGUAGUUUAUCUCGCAGUUUAUACAUAUCUUGUGAAAAAUUUAGCCGAUAAAAAUUUUCUUUCAUAUGGUUAAUCAAUCAAAAUCGCGAGUCGGAUAUGAAGAGUUUUUUUUUUUUUAUUGCGUAAGAACGAUCCUGCAUGUGUACAUAUUUCGUUGAAUUUUUUUUUUUUUUUCAAGAUUCAUCAGAAGUAACAAAAA